AUGAAUCAAUGUGACGAGCGGCUGAACCAGGAGACACCAGAGCCAGGAGACAUCAGAACCAGGAGACACCAGAACCAGGAGACACCAGAGCCAGGAGACAUCAGAACCAGGAGACACCAGAACCAGGAGACACCAGAGCCAGGAGACACCAGAGCCAGGAGACACCAGAGCCAGGAGACACCAGAACCAGGAGACACCAGAGCCAGGAGACACCAGAACCAGGAGACACCAGAACCAGGAGACACCAGAACCAGGAGACACCAGAGCCAGGAGACACCAGAACCAGGAGACACCAGAACCAGGAGACACCAGAGCCAGGAGACACCAGAACCAGGAGACACCAGAACCAGGAGACACCAGAACCAGGAGACACCAGAACCAGGAGACACCAGAACCAGUAGACACCAGAACCAGGAGACGCCAGAACCAGGAGACACCAGAACCAGGAGACGCCAGAACCAGGAGACACCAGAACCAGGAGACGCCAGAACCAGGAGACACCAGAACCAGGAGACACCAGAACCAGGAGACACCAGAACCAGGAGACAUCAGAACCAGGAGACACCAGAACCAGGAGACACCAGAACCAGGAGACACCAGAACCAGGAGACGCCAGAACCAGGAGACGCCAGAACCAGGAGACACCAGAACCAGGAGACACCAGAACCAGUAGACACCAGAACCAGGAGACGCCAGAACCAGGAGACACCAGAACCAGGAGACGCCAGAACCAGGAGACACCAGAACCAGGAGACACCAGAACCAGUAGACACCAGAACCAGGAGACACCAGAACCAGGAGACACCAGAACCAGGAGACACCAGAACCAGGAGACAUCAGAACCAGGAGACACCAGAACCAGGAGACACCAGAACCAGGAGACACCAGAACCAGGAGAUACCAGAACCAGUAGACACCAGAACCAGGAGACACCAGAACCAGGAGACACCAGAACCAGGAGACACCAGAACCAGGAGAGACCAGAACCAGUAG